UCUCUCUCUCUCUCUCUCUCUCUCUCUCUCUCUCUCUCUCUCUCUCUCUCUCUCUCUCUCUCUCUCUCUCUCUCUCUCUCUCUCUCCUUCGAUUCCAAGGCCGCUGCCGCUUCGAGACGAAUUCCGGCAGGACCUCGAUUGCUUCUCCGACGACGACGAUGCCGCCGCCUAGCCUUGACAAUGACUUCCGGAUCAACCGUCGACGACGCUUGCACGACGAUCUUGGCCUCGACUGCAUCUCCCUCAAGGUCGUCACCAAACUGCUCUUAAAUGCGAUCGCAUAUCUGCCUGCGUUGGAGGUCUCUCCCUCAGAUGAUCCAUCGCCGGUAAUCGUCCGGCUCGACCUCCACUGCAUCUCAGUUUUAGUAGACGGCGCCUCGACAACGACAACUUCGAGCUCGAUUGCAUCUUUGAUUAUGUCGACGACGAUGAUGCUUUUCAGAUCGCCGGAGUCUGUCUCUCUCCUAACAUCGAUCCAUAUCCACUGAAGCUUUGGAAUUGUGGUAGUAGAUUUCGAAAAUCAUGUGAAAUUGGAUAUUGAAGCUUUUGUUUACCAAGAAAUUAUCACUCUUGGAAACUGCCAGUAGCUUUCUGCUAUUAUUGUAGUAUAAUUCUGGAACUAUGGCAGUAGUUUUUUACAACUAUGGAAGGAGCUUUGUAAAUAAUUAUAUUAUGGUAGAAAACAAGUACUUUCUGUAUCAUUGAAUGUGUUUUAUUCACUCGAUUGCAUUAGCAUUUUUAUUUU